AUGUCAGCCACUAAAUCUAAAACAGUUGACCCAACUAUAUCAUUCAUCGCUGGUGCUGUAGCUGGUGGGGUAGAAGCUUCCAUCACUUAUCCUUUUGAAUUCGCAAAGACAAGAUUACAAUUGUUAGAUCGUUCUGCUAAAACAUCUAGAAAUCCUUUGGUUUUGAUAUAUAAAACUGCAAGAUACCAAGGGAUUAGUCAUAUGUAUGUAGGUUGUCCCGCUUUUAUUGUUGGAAAUACUGCAAAGGCGGGUAUUAGAUUCUUAGGGUUUGAUACAAUUAAAAAUCUUUUGAAAGAUAAAAAAACUGGUGAAUUAACAACGGCAAGAGGAAUAUUGGCAGGGUUUUGUGCUGGUGUCUUGGAGAGUGUUACAGCAGUGACUCCAUUUGAAGGUAUUAAAACUGUUUUAAUUGAUGAUAAAAGAGCCGCGGUACCAAAAUAUAGUGGUAAUGGUCGUGGUAUAAGAAAUUAUUUAGAUGUUUGUAAAGAUCAAGGUUUCAAAGGUUUAUACAGAGGUGUAUUACCUGUUACAAUUAGACAAGCUGCAAAUUCUGCAGUACGUUUAGGUUGUUAUAAUAAAAUUAAAACUUUGGUUCAAAAAUUAACUCAUACUCCUUUAGAUAAACCGUUAACUUCAGCUAUGACCUUCUUAGUAGGUGCUUUUAGUGGAUUAGUCACUGUAUAUACAACGAUGCCUAUUGAUACAGUGAAGACAAGAAUUCAAAGUUUGGAUUCAACAAAAUAUAAAUCUACUUUGGAUUGUUUUGUGCGAGUUUAUAAAGAUGAAGGAUUAAGGACUUUUUGGAAAGGUGCCACUCCAAGAUUAGGUAGAUUAUUAUUAAGCGGUGGUAUUGUUUUCACAAUAUAUGAAAAAGUAAUGUUUAUAUUAGCUUGA